AUAUGGAAAGGUUUGUUUCCGUCAGUCAUUUUUACAAUCCAGUGUAUAGAAAGUUAUUUUCAAGAGCCGACCACUAGGGCCGACUGUUGUAUAUUCAUGACUUGGAAAACGCGCCUCGCAGCUCCCGUUUCUUUCUACAAGGAAAAUAAAAUAGCCGUGACCCAGCAGCACCCGGCAGUCGGGACGACGAUACAACCAACGCGUAACGUUGACGCCGCCUCUGCGCCCGCGCCGAACGGCCCUAGCUGGAUGUGCCCCAGCCCUCCUCCUCCUCCAUGUCGCAUCCGUCGAUCAGUCAGAAAGUCUGCUGAAAGGAAUCAGGCUCCCUACAACUUGCCAGUGGAUUCACCAUCUAUCGUGAGGCCGCAACGUUCGUUUGCCCAGUGCUGUUGUAGAAUAUGAAGCGGUGAUCAGCAACUCGGACGAUUUUGUACUAGACUCAUCCCAACGACAUUCGCACAUAGCAGUUUUUUUUCCGGUGUAAAUCUCUCAACUGAGUGGGUGCGGUUUAGCAGUGAAAACAACAUGGCGACUCCAAUGGAUUGACGAAGACAAAUAAUAAAAAUCAAAAAGGACGGGAAAAAAGGUUUAGGAACUGCAGUGAAACAAAAAGAAAAGAAAAGAGAAUCAUUUUCGUGUUGGUAUAAUACUUGGUUCGUAAAUCCUCGGAACGGCGCAAUGCAGCGAGAUAACCAUGGUAGCGGUAUAGAUCCGCGUCAAUAUGUAGGACCCUACCGAAUGGAUAAAACCCUUGGGAAAGGACAGACCGGUUUGGUGAAAUUAGGGGUGCACUGUGUAGCCGGGAAGAAGGUGGCCAUCAAAAUCAUCAAUCGGGAGAAAUUAAGCGAGUCCGUCUUACAAAAGGUGGAGCGUGAAAUAGCCAUCAUGAAACUUAUAGAACACCCCCACGUUCUCGGAUUGUAUGAUGUCUACGAGAACAAAAAAUAUCUAUAUCUGGUCCUGGAACAUGUUUCUGGCGGCGAGCUAUUCGAUUACUUGGUCAAAAAGGGCCGGCUUACACCGAAAGAGGCCAGGCGAUUUUUUCGGCAAAUCAUUUCGGCCCUCGACUUCUGCCAUAGCCACUCUAUUUGCCAUCGAGACCUCAAACCCGAGAACCUGCUACUAGACGACAAGAACAACAUCAAGAUAGCUGACUUUGGUAUGGCUUCUUUACAACCGGAAGGCAGCAUGCUUGAAACAAGCUGUGGAUCACCACACUAUGCCUGCCCUGAAGUCAUCCGGGGAGAAAAAUACGACGGCCGACGAGCAGACGUUUGGUCUUGUGGCGUCAUCUUGUACGCCCUCUUAGUUGGAGCUUUACCUUUCGACGACGACAAUCUGAGGCAAUUGUUAGAGAAGGUCAAACGCGGCGUCUACCAUAUUCCUCAUUUUGUGCCGCCCGAAUGUCAGUCCCUCCUACGUGGCAUGAUCGAAGUCAAUCCCGAGAAACGAAUGACGCUGGCCGAGAUCCAUCGCCACACUUGGGUGGUAGCCGGCAGUGCCGGAUGUCGUGGAGGCGAACUAGAAUUGGAGUUGCCAAUGAUGUCUGUCGUCCAGACACGUAUUCUGCCCACAGAGGACGACUGUGAUCCGGACGUUCUUCAAGCUAUAACUAGUCUAGGCUGCUUCAAGGAUCGCAAAAAACUCAUUCAAGAGCUUCUUAAUCCAAAUCACAAUACCGAAAAGGUCAUUUACUUCCUGCUGCUGGAUCGUAAGAAACGCCGACCGGCUUGCGAGGAUGACGCUGAGCUUGUCGUUCGAACUCAACAGCCACGAAACGAAAACAUAGACCCACCAAAGAAGAGGAUCGAUACUCUUAAAGUCAACGGCCCAGUGACCGCUCAAUUCCAGCUGUCCCAAGGCUCUCCAAUCAUUGCUCGGCGGCAAGUGUACAAUCACUGGCCAAGACGAUCAACGGGGCACUCGACUUAUCCUGGACCGGGCAAUCAUCACCACACUGGAUUUGUGGCCCAGCCAUUGAGCAGCAGUAACAACAGCACGCCAUCGGCCUCUCCAGUGCCGUCCCCUCGACCCGUUCAUCGUUUGCUUGCGUCCAAUCAGUACGGCGGUGGUGGUGGUGGCGGUGGCGGCGGGAGCAACGUUUCCGGCAAUGCCGGUUGCGGCAGUGGGACGUCUCCUUCGCGAAAUGUCAGCAGCAAAACUCCGGCGGCCAACAAUGGAGGAGCUCCUAGCUUAGGAGGAGGAGGAGGCCAACAACAACUCGCUGGCGAUGGAUCUUACCUUCAGGGAACGUCGACUCCACCCGGUUCUCCUAAUCCGUGGAGGACUCGCCUUACCACUACUAUUAAAAAUAGUUUCCUUGGUUCGCCGCGAUUCCACAGAAGGAAAUUACUUCAAGGGGACGAGGUCAGUCUGACACCGGAACCGGAAUCUUCGCCGGAGCUGACAAAGCGUUCGUGGUUUGGAACUCUGAUGGGCAGCGAACGUGAUGAAACUUACACUAUACUAGUCAAAGGAAAGCCAUUGGCCUCCGUCAAAGCUGACCUGAUUCACGCCUUUCUAUCGAUUGCAGAUUUGAAUCACAGCGUUGCCAGUCCCAUGUCGUUCAAAGUAGAAUACCGUCGCGGUACUUCCGGACCGGCAAUGUUCCAGCGCCAUGUCCGAUUCAACGUCGAUAUUGCUGCAAUUGGUCAGCACGAAACCAAAGGGGAACGUUGCGCAGAAAUCGACAUUCUUUAUGCCGUGACGUUUGUUUUGAUUGCAGGGAAUCUCCGUCGCUUUCGCCGACUUUGCGAAUUGAUCCAAGUUCAGGUCUGCAGUCGGCGGCCUCCACCGGCGUCCCCCAGAGCUUCACGCAAGUUUACGUCGUCGGAGCUCCGUGACAGCGAAAGUGGAGGGUCCGACAUAUCGGAUAAGUCUUCGUUGUUGACUAGCGAGCUGGGCGGCAAUAGCGAGAGGGCGAGAGGUUGUACUUCAUCAGCAGCCGUGUCCAGGGGGAAGACGUGCGCCAAAAAACCGGCUGGUGCCACGUCGUCUACGACCGCUGCCACGACGACUGCGGCGCCCGUGUCUACGUCGAUUCUCGGAACGCGCCGGCCGUCUCCUAAAUCUCCUCCAUCCAACCCGCUGGCCAAUCCCAUACUGGAAGAGGUGCUCGAGACGCAGCAGCAGUCUCAGUCUAAUAAUCAGCAGCAGGAUUCGGUGGAAGUAGUCGGCAGCAGUCUUCCGAUCUUGGAGAAAUCCAGCCUUUUAGUCCAGGACGACAGUUUGGAGAAAAUGAACGUACAAAAUGGACUGAGUCCCGAGCAGCGAGAGAACGGCAAUCCGCCAACUUCGAUCGUCCCGCCCAAUGAAACGGACGUCGUUGAAACUAAUAAGUCGUCAUCUCAGCAAGACAAUAACGCCAAGGUAGCGCCGGCCAUUAAAAUCAAAGGUAAAUCUACUCGAGGCGAUUCCACCGACGCGUUACUCAGCGACGAGGAAAAGUCACAAAACGACGAGAACAAUGCGUCGAUGGAGUGAUGAGGAUUCAAUAAUUGACAGCGUGACGUAUUCCAUAACUUUGUUACCUCGAUUCAAUAUCCCUCAGAAGAAACUGACAAGAAAUUAUUAGUACUUUAUUUGAGCAUAAUUGUAAGAGAGGCAUUCCACGACAUUUGUCCAAUACUUUGCCGUCCCAUUUGACAGCGCGAGAAACAAGAGGGAAAAUCAUUUCUUCCUAAUUUUGUUCAGUGUUUGAUUUAAUUUAUUUAUUUCUAGGCCUUCUCAAAUUGUGUUUUCUGUUCAUGUGGUGGGAAAAAAACGAUUUCUACUUUGACAGUCAAACGAGAAAGCUAUGAGAUAUACUGGCCUAAUAAAAUUACUCCGUGAUCGACAAGCGCCGUAGAGCUGGAUGUUAAUUUUUUUAACUGUCAAUUUUUCUGAUGCUUAACUGAUAAUGAAUUUUGUGUACGUUUUCGAACUAAUUUCAUCGUUGCCACUCUUUAUAACUCUUCGUUCCCUAGUCGAUUCCAAAAUGGAUUUUCUUUUCUUGUCAAUGAAGCAGAUUGUGCAGUGAUGUUAUUGCAAGUGGUACUGUACUUUACUUUGUUUAGUAUUGAUCCAACUAAUAAAAAUUGGUCUUUCUCGUCAACCAA